UAAUUUUCGUGUAUAAAAGCGAGCGUUUCUGGUCGGUAAAUCAUAGUUUGAUUGAUUACCCCAAACCAACAAAAACUAAGCACUCACCAUGAAGUACCUGAUCGUCUGUGUUACCCUCGCUCUGUUCGCCUACAUCAACGCCAGUCCAGUGUACGGCAACCGUGGAGGACAUGGUGGUGGCUAUGGUGGUAACUACGGCGGUGGCUAUGGAGGUGGCUAUGGUGCCAUCGAGCGCGUCGUCUACGAGGAGAGGCCCUCGUACGGAUAUGGUCCCCGACCCAUCCGCUCGGAGGGAAAUGGUGGAAGCGCUAGUGCCGCCGCCGCCGCUUCCGCUGCUGCCGUGAAUCCUGGAAGCUACCGCGACUACGUCAUCCCCAGCUGGAACAUCGAUGGUGGACGCGGCUACGAGCUCGGACGCGGAAGUGGUGGAUACUAAUUCCCGCUCCGCCGGCAGCGAAUCGAACUAUCGACUACUUGUUCAAAUCCUCGAGUGGCUGUCACAGCGAAACUCUGAGAAUCUGCGAAUAAAAACACCUUGAUCGCAAUGGAAAAUAUUGAACCGAAA